AUGAGUGGCAAAAGAACUCGUAGUUAUAGAUGCGCAGUACAUCAAAGAGACCGAGAGGUCAGCUCCGAGAACGACUUCCACCUUCUUCUUGAGGACCCCACUCUAUUCGCCAGGAUGGUGCAUUUAGUAGCAAUGGAAGUGCUCCCCGAAGAGCGGGAUCGCAAGUAUUACCAAGAGAGGUAUACGUGCUGCCCCCCACCACUGUUUAUCAUCUGCGUUACUCUAUUAGAGCUUGGCGUAUUCGCGUGGUACUCAUGGGGUUCAGGAGGCGUGGCUGCAGCGGCUGGUCCCGUGCCUGUCGACUCUCCCCUGGUGUACCGCCCGGACAGACGCCGCGAACUUUGGAGGUUCUUCACCUACAGUGUCGUACACGCGGGCUGGCUUCAUCUCGCAUUCAACCUCCUUGUACAACUUGCGGUGGGUUUGCCGUUAGAAAUGGUUCAUGGCGCAGCGCGUUGUGGGGCCGUUUACUUAGCGGGUGUCCUCGGUGGCUCUUUGGCCGCUUCAGUACUAGACCCAGACGUGUGCCUCGCGGGAGCUUCUGGUGGAGUUUACGCAUUGUUGGCUGCUCACUUGGCAAACGCCUUGCUGAAUUUCCACGCUAUGCGCUAUGGCGCUGUGCGAUUGGUAGCCGCGCUGGCGGUUGCCUCGUGUGACGUCGGCUUUGCCGUUCACGCUAGAUAUACUAAAGAAGCGCCACCCGUAUCUUACGCGGCACACGUAGCAGGUGCUCUAGCGGGGCUGACCAUUGGUCUGCUCGUCCUGAAGCACGCCCAACAGCGUCUAUGGGAACGCUUGCUGUGGUGGGCGGCACUCGGAGCUUACGCGGCUUGUACACUUUUCGCCGUCCUAUACAAUAUAUUCAGCGGGCCCGUAGAUGAACUGCACUACAUGCCUCCAGACCCACCACCCGAUGUCGCUGGCUUUUGA